UCAGCCCUUCUUCGUUGCCGGCCUCAGUCUCAAGUCCCCUAGCUAGCUGGCUGGGCUUGGACGUGAUGGAAACUCCUUAGAGCCAUCUUACCAUCACCUGCACAAGGCCCACAUCAUGCUCCGCCCAGCAGGAGUGGCAUUUACUCCAAUGACUGAAUCGUCGCAAGGAAGCUUACAAUCUCUGUCUCUGCAAGUUCUCGGAGGGAGGGAUGAUGUGUCUGACUUCUUGGGGACGGACCAGCAGGCUGAGGCCCGGUCCUACCUCAGCGAGGAGAUGAUCGCUGAGUUCAAGGCCGCCUUCGACAUGUUUGAUGCUGAUGGUGGCGGGGACAUCAGCGUCAAGGAGUUGGGCACGGUGAUGAGGAUGCUGGGCCAGACACCCACCAAAGAGGAGCUGGACGCCAUCAUCGAGGAGGUGGAUGAGGACGGCAGCGGCACCAUCGACUUCGAGGAGUUCUUGGUCAUGAUGGUGCGCCAGAUGAAAGAGGACGCCAAGGGGAAGAGUGAGGAGGAGCUGGCUGAGUGUUUCCGCAUCUUUGACAGGAACGCAGACGGCUACAUCGAUGCUGAGGAACUGGCUGAGAUUUUCCGGGCCUCCGGGGAGCACGUGACGGACGAGGAGCUCGAAUCCCUGAUGAAGGACGGGGACAAGAACAACGACGGCCGCAUUGACUUCGACGAGUUCCUGAAGAUGAUGGAGGGCGUGCAGUAAGAAGUCGGCCCUCCCCUCCGCGGAGACCGCGCGUCCUUAGGGCGUGGGGACGUCAUCGCCGCCCGGUCCCACUCCCGGCCCCGGGAGGGAGGCGCGGCCCCUUCUGGGAAUGUGUCUAGAAGGAAUAAAAGGAAACAUUGCAAA